AUGAUCACAAGACAUACGACACGACUCUUGCGAGUCUCAGUCGCCCCGUUCCCGUUCCCGUUCGUCUCGAGUACAUGCGCAUAUACGAUCCCUAUCCGACACUUCUCCACCACGAGGAACAAGCAGGCCAAGAACCGCAUCUUCACCCCAGUGCGCCGUCCAGAUGAGUUCUACUCGUACCUAUCGCUAUCGACAUCGUCUCGCACACCCCUCCUGACCUUCUGGACAGCCUCCUACUGCAAUACCUGCAAGACGGUCUCGCCUAUCCUGCAGGACCUCAUCAAUGCCGGGGUAGGCGAGGCAGAGGGUGGUGUCUCUUUCUGCGAGAUCGAGUAUGACUCCAUGGAUAUCAUGGACUCCGGACUGGGGAUGACCUAUAUGAUUACGAGCAUGCCUACUUUCUUGAGCUUCGAUCGGGGAGAAGCGCAAGUCGGCACGAAGAUCACGAAUCCGAGCCAGAUGAAGGAUAUUGAAGGGCUGAAGGAAUGGAUAAGGAGAGAAGCAAGGAGAGGAGGGACUGGGGGGGAUGGAGGAGGCCCCGGAUUGUUUGGGGGGCUGUUUGGAUUUGGAGAGAAGAAGUAA